AUGGGAAAGCUACUUAUCCUCUCACUGCUGGUUCUUCUGGUCGUCGGAGACAAGGUUCUUGUGAUAUUAGACAAUAAGCAACUGGAGCAGACUCACUCUCAGUUCAUUGAACUUCUGAAAGGAGAGAAAAACCAUCAAGUUGAAAUCGCACAUAGCUUUGGCCGGAACAACAUCGAAUUGAAGUAUUAUGAUCGCUUCAGAUAUGAUCACAUCGUGGUCAUGAAGCUAUUCUAUGCUUUUGGAGUUGAGUUGGAUGAGCUUGGAACUCAGCUAAAGGAUCAUUUCAAUAACCAUGAGUCAUCCACCUUGAUCACCACUCUCAAUUAUGAAACCAUCUCUCCCUUCUUUUCUCAAAAUGAAGGAAAACAUCCUCUUCUUUACAGAGGUAUUGGCAUGAACUUGGUCAACUAUGAAAAUUAUCAGCUCUAUAACCUCAUCAAGGCAGAACCUACCACCUUCUCUAAAAACUACAAGACCGGUCAAGCUAUUAGAGCAGGAACAACUAUCACACUUGCUGCUGGAGUUCAAGGUCUUAAUAACGCAAGAGCUCUCUUGGUUGGGUCACUCCACUUCUUCAGUAAUGAAGCUCUGUCGCAAUCUAGCUACGGAAACAAGAAUCUUUACUUUACUGCUGAAAUUGAAGAGCAUGAUUCUGCUACUAACACAUGGAAGCCUUAUGUUGCUGACGAUCUCCAAGUCGAGUUGGUAAUGUUGGAUCCAUGGGUGCGCACUACUCUUGUGAAGGGACAAGGCAACAAGUAUCAUGCCGAGUUUUAUGGAAUCUAUCAAUACAAGAUCAUCUAUAAAAAACCCGGAUACAACUUCAUUAAGGAGGCAGAAAGAGUCACCAUUCGCCCAUACAAGCAUGACGAGUUCGAAAGGUUCCUCUUCGUUGCAUAUCCUUACUUCUUCGGAACUUUCGGAACAAUCAUUGCAACUUUCAUCUUUGUUGUGCUUUACAUCUAUAGUGGAAGCUCCAUCAAGAGAAAAGAAGAUUGA